AUGGCUUCCGAUAUCAGGCUGGCGUGUCCCUCGAUAUGGGCGCUGCUACUGUUCUGUCUGCGAUCCGCCAGCGCCUUCUACAUACCCGGUACGUCAAAGCACACACUCCCACGUUGACUGCUAUUGCACGCACUGACACGCCCAAGGCUGGUCCAUCAAAUCGUAUGCUGAUGGCGAGCAAAUCCCGCUGUUCGUUAACAAGGUCUACAGCGACAACACCCAGAUCCAAUACGCUUACUCCGAGCUGCCCUUCGUGUGUCCCUCUUCAGGACGAUCACAUCCUGGCACCGGCCUCAUAUCCGGCUCCAGUAUUGCUCUCAACCUUGGUGAGGUCUUGCGAGGCGACAGAAUCACGGUCUCAGACUAUGUGCUCGAGAUGGGCAAGGACGAGGAGGCUCGUUAUCUCUGCAGUCAAAAGGUGGACAAGGCUGGGCUCAAGAAGGCUAUUGAGGUUGUCAAGGGCGGAUAUGUUGCUGAGUGGAUCGUGGACAACCUCCCCGGUGCCACAAGCUUUGUCACAGUUGACAAGAGCAGGAAAUACUACGCUUCCGGAUUCAAGAUGGGCUACGAGGAGAUCUCCCUCAUGACGGGUCAGCCACGGUACUUCCUGAACAACCACGUUACCUUGGUCAUUCGGUACCACAGUGCGCCUGGUAGAGCCGGACAGCAGGGAAAGAAGGUCAUCGUGGGAUUUGAGGUCUACGCCAAGUCCAUCGAGGCCGAGAACCGCGAUGCAUCUGGACUGCCGCCUUCCCUGCACGAUGUUCAAAGCGGGUUGGAGCUGGCUUUCAACCACACCAACGCCAACAUGACCACCCAAGAAGCUUUUGAGCAGCCCACAGCCCUCGAGGCUAUCGAUUCGGCUCCCGAUGAUGCCAUGUUGACCAUCCCGUACACAUACAGCGUCUACUUCCGUGAGGAAGACAAGCUUGAGUGGGCAAAUCGCUGGGAUCUGUACUUUGUCAAUCAGGAGGACAGCAACCAGAUUCACUGGCUCGCGAUCAUCAACUCGCUCGUGAUUUCCGGACUCUUGACCGCUGUCAUUGCGGUCAUUCUGGCUCGCACGAUCCGGGGAGACAUCAAAGGGUACCGUGAGGGUGGCCUGGAAGAGGGAAAGCGUCGAUUCAGCAGACGAAGCAAGAGCAGAGGAAGCAAGUCUCCCCGUAAAGGGAGCGCAGAGCAUGGUGGUUUCCUUGAUAAGGUCGACGGAGAUGCCCAAGCAGAUGACUCCGGGUCGGACGACGAACUGCCGGAGGACAUUACAGGCUGGAAGCUGGUGCACGGCGAUGUAUUUCGACAGCCCGCACAUGGCCUCAUUCUGGCACCUCUCAUCGGAUCUGGAAUGCAGCUGGUCUUCAUGUCCAUUGGGCUUCUGGCACUGUCUUGUCUUGGCUUCCUGAACCCAUCUUUCCGUGGCGGAUUCAUCUCCACUGGAUUCGCCCUCUUCGUCGUGGCAGGCACGUUCUCUGGCUAUUUCUCUGCAAGAGUGUACAAGACGUUCGGCGGAAUGAACUUCAAGCACAACGCCAUUGUCACUGCAACUUUCUUCCCUGGCCUGCUGUUCGUGACGAUCUUCCUGCUCAACCUCUUCGUAUGGGCACAGGCUUCCUCUACUGCGAUCCCGCUCGGCACGCUCUUCGGGCUCCUUGCUCUCUGGCUCUUCAUUCAGCUUCCACUGGUCUACAUUGGUAGCUGGUAUGGCUUCACUCGCGCCGGUGCGUACACCCACCCGAUCAAGGCCACCGCUGUUCCUCGCCAAAUACCACCGCAGGCUUGGUACAGCCGAUCCACCAACGCGAUCCUCAUUGCGGGUCUCAUACAAUUCGCCGUCAUCUUCAUUGAAUUACUAUUUGUGUUUCGCAGUCUGUGGCAAGACAAGAGCGGAUAUUACUACGUCUUUGGCUUUUUGGCCGUCGUUUCGACGAUACUAAUCUUGGCGGUGAUGGAGACUACCAUCAUUGCUGUUUACAUUCAACUUUGUUCAGAGGUAAGCAUUACGAUCGAAUUACAGCAAUGCAUCAAAGACUGACGUGCUUUGUAGAACUACCACUGGUGGUGGCAAUCAUUCUUCGUGGGAGGAUCCUCUUCGAUCUGGAUCUUCCUGUACUGUGUAUAUUACUACGCCAACCACUUGCACAUUACAGGACUCGGCAGCACGAUGCUCUUCUUUGCGUACAGCUUCCUGGCUUGUACCGUUUAUGGCCUGUUGACUGGUACUCUGGGAUUCCUGACGGCCUAUGCUUUUGUGAGAAGGAUAUACAGCGCUAUCAAGGUGGACUGA